GUUUCUCUCCAGUGCCCGAGGCGGCUCCGGUCGGGAGAGCCUUUCGCCACCUCCACGGGGACCUCUGUGCACGGAUGGACCCGCCCGGACCCGGCGGGAAGCGGCCUGGCAGGCGGCGGCCCCGGCAGCGUCAGCAGAGGGAGGACAGGGCCGAGGCCGCGGGUCCCUGAGGCGCGCGGGCCCACGGGGCCCGGCGUUGGCACCAUGAUGCCGGGCGAGACCCACUCGGCGGCGCCCGGGACGGCGGCGGACCUGUCGCGGUGUCAGGGCUGCGCGUCCCUGCAGCAGAAUUUAAACGAGUAUGUUGAAGCACUAAUUACCUUGAAGCAGAAAAUUAUUAAUACAGAUAAUUUAUUAACAGAAUAUCAGAAGAAAUGUGAUGAGCUGCAGUUUGCCAGAAGAGAGAAUAGUACUCUGCAUCACCAAGUGGAACAGAUGCUUCAAAAAAUUUCUCCUCUGCAGAAAUGUCAGGAAGAAUUGGGAUCUUUAAAAGCAGAGCUAGAAGAGAAGAAGAGUUCUCUGAAGUUGUACCAAGAUACUCACCAGGAAUAUGCACGUGUAAAAGAAGAAUGCUUGAAAACUGAUGCUCAGAAGAAGAAAUUAGAAGCCAAGGUGAAAAAGUUGGAAGAGGCUGCUGUCAAGCAAACACAGGACUUCAAGCAGCUGAGGAAUGAAAAGAAAAUACUUGAAAAGGAAUUUAAGAAGACCCAGGAACGACUCGACGAAUUUUCUAAACAGAAAAAUGAAAAGGAGUUGAGACAUAUUGGAACACAAAUUUCAAGUGAUUCCUACGGAAGCAUAGAUAAAAGAAAGGUAAAACUACUCCUGAAGGAACUCUGGCUCUGCAUCAAUACCACACACAGACUACCUGGCGAAGGCAGCAGAUGUGUCAUAGAGAAACCUGCCAAAGAGACCCCCGGGCCCACGGAGUCCCAGGACGAUGGUGCACCCCCUCCAGCGGGCAGCAGGCCUCUGAAAGCCGCACCUCUGCAGACAUGCCUGGCGGAACUGUCCAUGGAGAUAGAGGGUGACUUCUCUGCAUGUAGGCAUGUGGGGAAAGAGGGGCCUGGUGGACCCGCUCACCAUGAUGACCACGUUUCUAAUGAGGGCCGGCACCCGGAGCUUCCAGUGCCCCAGAAUGACGAGGACAUUACUGACUUCUCUGAACGGGAUGCCUGUUUCGAUGAAGAUCUCCAAGCUGCAGUCGACUUCUUCAGACGCCCACCUCCACUCUUGUCUCCCGUGCCAUCCCCCCCUCUGGUAUCCUUACCACCCCUGAGCACUUUACCUUCUUCGCUCGCACCCGAAACCUACUUUGGAGAGUAUACAGAUUCCAGUGAUAACGAAUCGUCCCAUAAUAGAAAUUCUCCUGAGUCUGUUUCAGAAGAUGAGACGUCUGGAUCACAGUAUUUUGGUUCGUCCAGAAAAAGUAAAGGAAGUAGUGGUACCUGGGAGGAAAAGCCGAAAUCACAUGAAGCCAGCCAAGCCCUAACUACAUUGGAAGUCAACGAAGUGACAACUGUUGGGUUCGGGACAUUUACAGCAACACUUCAGCCUUCAGCCACAUACUCCUUAGCUCAUGAGAAACAUUGGAUGGUGUCAUCUGAAUCCACUAGUGGUGGGAGAAGAGGCAUUUUAGACGAAGCACAGAGACAGAGAGAGGUUAAGGAGGUGGAUAAGUCGGUGCAGACAGAGAACACACUUCACGAACCUAUCAGAAACGUGUGUGUGGAGAUGUUGUCUGGCAGCCGGGCACAGGGCAGGGGAGCAGCCCCCCAGAAGUCUGACGUGUGUUCUUCCCCACUUGGCAAGAGGCCAUUCAGUGAGCUCACAGAAUCUGAAGGAGAAACCCUACUAUCUGAAAUGAUAGGAUCACCCAAAUCACAAUUUACAAAGUGGACACUAACUAAUGAUAUCCCUCUGGAAUCGGAUCAUAUGUCCAUUUCUGACCAUUUUCAGGGAAUGUGUAGAGUACUGGGAAAGGAGAGGGAUGUUCCAGGGUUUGUUUUAGGAGCAUCACCUGAACCAGAGGACGAUACAGGUGACGUGGCGGGUGCCACAGGGCUUGGCAUUGACGCCAGGCUUUCUUCCUCUUCUACCUCGGGAACAUCGUCUGUCUGCAGUGGCUCCCCGUCUUCCUCUACUGUCAAGUAUGCUCAUGAUCUGCACAUUCCUGCCCAAGUUAGCCCCCUGGAACUGCAUCACUCUGAACAAAAGUUACAAGCUGAAACCUUGAAUGUGCUAGAUCUGCAGCCUGAGCCCCCAGAGUGUCCUGCCAGAGAGAACCAUCUGGAGAAUAGCUUGUGUGCUUUGAGCCCUGAGUUGGGAACAUCAAAUUUUAAUCGGAGUAGCAGUGAGGCCGAGUGCACAAACGUUGUGAAAGGCAUGCCCAAAGUCUGUUCGCUUCCACAGUCAGUAUUUAUAAAAGCUAUGAAAGAAGCACAGUGUGGAAGUCAGGGCCCCAGAACUGAGCUCCCCCUCACUCGGGCGGAUUCCACACCAUUGCUAGAGUCUCAGUGCAGCCUGACCAAGAGUGGAUUUGGUUUUGUUAAAAGCCCUUCGUGGCACCAUACUGAUCUGUUAAGGAGAGGUGGGGAAGAAAGGCUGAGAGCUAAGUCAGAACAAGAACAGAAGACUAACCAUCAGGUACAAAAGGCAGUGCCAUCCUUAGAAAGUAGAGGAUCCACACCCAGGCAUGAACAUGCUGGAGAAAAUAACCCUGUGACGCUCAGAGCUACUGCAUCUCUGUUGCCUAACCAAGUGUCAGUGAUCACCAAGCAGACCAGGCCCGAGAUGGUGUCCAGCACUAGAUGGGAGCCCUGGGGGCGGCAGAGGACUGAGCCUGUCUUCACAGCAGCACAUGCCAGUCCUGGGGCUGCUCCCACAGCCUCUGUUGCCGGAUGUGCCAGAGAAAGAGAGGACACGGCACAGAGUGCCCAGGGGGUGACUGCUACUGAAGGGACCUCACCGCAAGUUUCUGCCUCAUGGAGAAAAUUAGCAUUCAGUUUUCCUAGUGAUUCUUUACCAGUUGGAAUUUCUCACUGUUCCACAAAUAGCAAACUGUCUUUCUCUUCUGAAAACAUCCCAGUCCAAAGCCAAAGCAUCAUGAUGGAAGCCUCAGCGCAGGAAGCAGCACGGAAGCAAAGUUUGCUCCUUCAUGCCACAGAUCUGGACUCAUCUGGGCCACAUGCAGAUGGACCUCCUCCAGCUGCAGAAGUGCCAGUGUCCAGAAGCUUUCCUGCUGACAAUGUAGCCUAUGGGGGCCCGGGCAGAUCUAGUGGGGAGGCCCUGGCCGUCCCAGAGGAUGCUCCUCGUGUCCGGCAGAGCCUGAAGGAGCCACCGGAGCUGCCAUCUCAGACUCCUGGUGGUGCUUCUCAAGAUGCAGGCGCUGCAGGGACCGUUCUUCCAUGCACAAUUCUCAGAAAAGAUGAAGAGACACGUGCUGUCCCCUUGGGUGGCCUCGCCGGGGCCCUGUGUUACACUGGCAUUCGGGAGACAGGAGGUGGCGACACAGAAGUGGAGGAGAGUGAGGCACCUAGCUGCAGUGAGGGGGAGAGUGAGCCCGAGGCUGCAAUGGGGGACAGACAACAAAGGAUGGCCUUUGCUUCCAGAAAAGGUUUAGGAGGUCCAGGUGCUGGUACAGCCGAGCCCAGGCCUUCCGUCGAGGUGGGGUGUCUGACCUCCGCGCUGCAGGAUUUCAACAUCAGUACCCUGUCAGAGAUCGAUGGACUCUCCACAUCAGAGGUCGUGAUGUUUCUUGAAAGUUGUCAGUUAAGAGAUUAUAGCUCAGGGGACUCUGUGUCAGAAUGUUCUAGCAAAGGAACCUUCAAUAAAGAAAUGAACAAAGAUUUAAAGACAGGUGAACUAUCAGGAGAAAAAUACAGAAAGCAGCUCUGCGAAGAAGAAACACUUGGAACCUCCGAAGAGUGGAUUGAAUCCGAGGAGGAUGACGGUCCCUUGAGCACGAGUCAGCUCACCCGGCAGUCCCUGGAUACGCUGUCCGAGGUCCUCACCAGGAUUGGACAGGAGCUUCAGACCAGCUGUGGGAGCUCUCCUGGCAAAGAUGCUGGUAGUUUACUGCUCUUAAAUAUGCACGACAGCGUGACGGCUACCCCUGUCAGAGAGCAUGCCCCACCUCAGGAGGCGACUGGCUUCCCACCACACCCUUCAGGUACAUCGCCUCCAGCCGGCAUGGCCAGCAAGGGCCGUUCACCUGCCAGCAGCACCUCGAGUAACAAAGUCACUCUGGGCAGUCCUAAAGGAGAUCCCGAGGUCACCAGCCCAGUUUGCGGUGGGGCAGAGGUUAUGUCAGAACUAGCAGAGCCCUCACCCCAGCGUUCUGACUCUGCGGCAGGGCCGACCACCGAGGGCAAUGCUGAGGAUGGGACAGAAACGACAUUUCAGUGUCAGAUAUCAACAGUGACCUCCGAAGUUAUAAACGUUCUGAUCAAUAAGGAUCAGAAUCUUGUCAUUGAGAAGGGGGACCACUGGACCAUCAUAAAUGGGGUAGCUCUCAUGCCAAAUGUGGACCAGGUCAUACUGUGUGACACUCCCGAAGACAUCCCUGUUUCCCCAGAUCGGGGAGGCCUGGGAUCUGGCUUCAUUUCCAUUACUUCCAUAGAGAAGUCCCCAGAGACCGAGCCCCCUGACCCUCCAUUUCAGGAGCCGCAGUGCGGUAGCAGCCUGUCCUGUGCCCAAGAGGAGAUUUCUAGCAGCAGCCAGAGCACCAACUUUGAUAAGAGUCGUUUGCGCAACAGGCCUGUCAAACCUAGUGUGAGGAUUAGUUCUGAAAUCUACGAUCAGAAUUUUGAGUCUCAGCCUGUUGCAUCUGAUCACACAUACUUUAACUCAAAACUAGAGCCAUUCAGCAAAAAUAAGAAUCGAUCGAAGAUUUCAAACAAAGAGCCGUCAAACAAGCCAGCAAAGGCAUUGGCAUCAAGCCGAGUUGAAACUACUCAGAGUGAAGGUUCUCAGUCGUUUUCAGGGGAAAGAGAGAACACCAAAACUCCGAGAACUCAGACGCAGACCAUCCUAGCCAAUGCUGACACGUCGACACCUACAGACUGUUCUGAUACUCUGAGUAAAAUCCGGCAAGAGGUGGGCCCCCCCCUGCCACCCUUGCUCGCUCCUUUGGUCGCUACACCUCCAAGGACUUCGCAACCAGUUUCUCCUCUGAUAGCUUCCUCUCCCUCCUCACCUACUUCUCCUAUUGGCCAGAUGUCCCCCUUAUGUGAAAUCCCAGUGCCUCCAAUGAUGUCUCCUUUGCCGGAAGAGCCGGGCUGCCCCUCUCCCCCAUGCACAUCCCCGUCCCCAUCCACCGCACCAGCGGGCGAGAGGAUAUUGUCAUCACCCUUGCAGUUUUGUGCCGCGACCCCAAAGCACGCUCUCCCUGUGCCUGGCCGUCUCCCCACCUUGGCAUCUGCACACACGGCUGUGGCCGGACCCCAGGAAAACUCCGUUAAAAUCCUUGACACCAUGUACCCAGAGUUGUCUGCUAGGGCCCGCACCCUCAACAUCCUCAAAGGAAAUAUCCAGCUUACUCGAGGUACACCUGCGGACCUUAAGAACUUACCAGGGCCAGUCAGCGCCAUAACAGGAUUCAAGGCAAUCACAUCGACCUCGACCGCCUUUGUUAAGACGGGGGGCAGCGCUGGGAGUGACUGUCAUCAAGAUAAGUGCAGAGAUAGGGGGACUCGCCAGGAUGCAGGUGUGAAAAGGACGUUGUCCACAUCCACACCGAGGAGUGCCAAAAGAUUGCGGCUGGACAGUGGGUCCCCAGAACCAGAGAUGGGGGGUGCCCCUGCAGAAGGAGCCAGCAAGCCCCCUCGGAGGAACCCCUCUCGAGCUGAAGGCAUGACAACAGAGGAAGAAAGUUCCCUAUUGACUGUCAGUACGGUUUCACAGUUGCCUCCAAACCCAAAAGAAACUGUAGAGUCUCACGACAAAGCCAUAGCUGAUGCGCUGAAGAAGAUCGCAGAGUCGUCUUUUGAUCUCUUACCUGUCAUUCGGAGUCACGUCUAUGUGGGAAACAUCUCCAAAAAGCCCGUAAUGAGAGAUCAAGAAAAGGAAGUUGUUUAUGAAUUUAGCACAACCAAAAAGCAUUUAGCUGAGUGCUUGCUUCACUCGAUUCUCUCAGAACUAAAAAUUCAGAAGAUAUCUAUGGAGCGUAAUUACAUUCAUGCCCUCUGCAGAGUGUAUGUGGGUAUUUGUCGGCAACUUGGGGACUUGGAAAGAGCUCGCUUGUUUUGCUACAGCCUACUUAAGGAAGAUUUUCCAGAGUCUGAAAAAUUGACUUUGUUCAUUGCAAACAUGUGGCAUGAUAUAUUUAUUUCCCAAUCGGUGAUUAAUAAGGCAAUGCAGUUGGUUGCCAGGCAACGUGCUAAAGGAGAGGUUCGGAACUGUUUGAGAGCCUUUCUCAACUGGGAAAAGAAUGCUCCUGUGGAUGUGGGUUUCAUGGUUUCUAAGCUGCUUUUGACCAUACAGUUGUGUCCAAAAACAGAGUUUCAGUCCAGUGAAAAAUUUGGUGAAGACUUAAGUGAUAACACUUGGGAGUACAUAUUUGCCAUUGAUCUGCUUUGUUGCCAUCAGAAGUGGAUUUGGACACAUGAUAACAUUAUAAGUAAAGAGCUAUGGCCUGUAAUGGAUAAGUGGAUAAAAUACAGGAAAGGACACGCGAACAUCGCAUAUACUCCUGAUAUUAUUAUAGCAUCGAUACUGAGGCUGAUUGGUCGUUUAGGCCAGCUGGGCUUGAAGGAAGGCUUCCCAUCUGCUGUGAAGAAUAUUAGUUCUGUGAUUGGUAUGUUCAUACAGCACGCCCAGGAUGAAGAUAUACCAUGGGGCAUCCAGCUGGCGGCUGUGUACGCUCUCUGUGAUUUGAGUCCCAGCAACCCAGCGGAGAUAUCCAAGAUCCUGGAAGCCUGGCGCAAAGAGACCGCGCACAGCGUGCCCUCCGCGGUGCUCAGCUGCCUGGAGGAAGUCAGCUCACUGUGCGCAGAGGAGAUCGGCUAAGCCGCGGCGUGCCACUGCGUCUAGAGAAGUGCCUUUACAUAUCUUGAGUACAAAUAGAUGAGUCUGCUCGCAGAGCACAAACAGGUUCCAAAAGGAAAGACAUCGAAGAGAGACAGUGCCCAGAGGCUCUCCUCUCACUGUGGCGAGGGACAGAAGCCAGCCGUGGCAGGGCUGCCUUUGCCCAAACCGCAUACAUUUCACUUAAGGCUGUUGUGAUUCCAUGACAUGUGGGUUGUAGUAUUGUGUCCUUGGUCAAACAACAAAAAACUUGAACUUAGCCCUUUUUGCUGCAGAAAGUGUCCUUUUAGUCGCUUUUUAAAAUGGAGUGGCAUUUUAUAAUGAAUUUAAUAUAAAAGCAUUGAUUUGAUUCCUGAGCUAAUUUUGGACUUUGCGCUGAAAUGAUUGACUUAGGAAAAAGUAAAUUGGCUAAGAAAGAGCUAGAAGACUUCCACUGUCUUAGCUGGAAAUGGGCUACAAAAUUGUUUCUCAUGGUGUAGCGGCUUGCACCUAGUCAGAGGAAAACCCGGCAGAGCCUUAGAGACCCAUUCUAGUGCAUCUUCUUCCUGUCUCUGCAGUUCCUUAAAAGUGUCACUGUAUCAGGACAAGGGGAGCCGAAGAGUAGAAGUUCACUUGCAGGGUUUGUGUCAGCGACAUGUAUAUAGACGAUUCAGAGAUGCGCGCAGGCUCGUCUCUGUGUGUGCCGUGUACAUAUGGACAGUGCUAUAAUGUGUUUCACAUUUGAUGAUAUUCCACUUUCGGAAUUUUAGUAUUUGUACAUAGAAAAUGGGUUUAAUAACUCACCGUGGGUCUGAUUUGUCUUAUAUUCAUCAUUUCUUAAAACUCUUGUAUGUGUUUUUUAUAAUAAAAAAUAAAAGUAAGCCAUGCACAUGAUUGUUCUGAUCAGUGAAGAAUGACACUGGGUGUUACUUCUACUCCAACCAAAGAUGGAAAGUUCUUCACUCUAACCAAAGAUGAAACGGCCGUUCCAAGAGUUAGAAAUAAUGUGACGUUGCCAUUGUCUAGCCGGUUUCUCUGAGAUGCUCUUAGCGACAUCGGAUACCAGAUAAUUACGUGUACUGAUUGGCCCUCAUGAUUGGAUGUGUUUGUAUACCUACAAAUAUUGCCGCCCUUUAAAAAUUACAUUUGACAGCUAUUUUGUUACUCCUGCCUCAUGUUUUUAAAGCAAUUAUAACAAUCAUAAUUGAGAUUUAUAAAUAACUCUGCAUUGCCCUUCGGAAGCUUUCUGUUGGCAUGGUGUUCUUUCUACCAGUAUUUGCUGAGCGUGCGCUCCAUGAUAGGGACCUCGCUGGGAAAGAAAACCACCCAUCCAGGAAAUCUGCAGUCAAGUUGCAGUAAGUGCUAUGUCAUAACGUGGAGGUUCACCCUGGAAUAACAGGGGCAACUCCUAUCUUUCUGAGUAUUGGUCAAGGAGGGUCCCUCUGAAGAGGUAGCAGGUGAACUAGGACCUGGGAGGAGGGAGCCAACCCUGAGACAAGACAAGUGACUGUCCUGGGCAGGUGGACUGGCUCUGGGAAGGAAGAGCCCACUGUGUGCGGGAAGGAGGCUGGGGUGGCCUGAACACACAGUCUGAGGGGUGAGUGUUCAGUCAUUCGGGUGACUGCCUGUCACUGGGGUCUGGGCAGCCAGCCCCGGGCUUGCUUAUGCUUGGAAGCAGGUCUGACAGGGGUGUCAUAAGAGGUCAUAUUUUUACUGGGGGAACUUUUCUGAGGCAAAAGGAUGGGAGGAGGGCAAAAGGGCAAGCCAAGACCUGUCAGGAGGUCUGCGGAGAACACAAGAGAGCAGGCCAGAAGGUCAAGGGCACGUGGGUUUCAGAUAUGUCUCCGAGGUGGGAUCACAGCUGCAGUCAUGCACUGAGGUAGAGGGACACGUAGGAGUCGAGGUUCCUGGCUUUCUGAGUUGGUACCUGGACUUGGGGUCAGGUACACACGUUUGGUGGCUGGAAUCACAAAUCUUCAGUCUGCUUUCAGGAUAUGGGAACCUCGAACAUCCACAUGGAGGUGGCAGCCUUUCCAGGCAAGUCUGGAGGUGGAGACUACAUCAGGCAGACGGGGAGAUGACGGUGUGGGGAGGCGUUUAACGCUCAGAAUAUGGUCACGGGGAAUGAGACCUUGCCGGCCACUACCUCCUAUACCUGACAGUGGGUGGGCUGGAGGCAGCAGGGUGGUUCGUAGCCUGUCUCCUGGCCCUGGCAGGUGGCCCUCCGUGCUGGAGCCUCGAGGUCAGGGGAGAUGAUGGUUGCCUUGUGCCUCCUGUAGGUGACCUCGGUGGCCUUCCCAUAGGGAAAGCCGUUAAUGGAAAGAGAAGAUUAGGCUUACAGAUGAGCUUGUGGGACAGUUUGCCUGGUGAGUGUCUUGGUCGUAGGCUUUGAAACCAUUUUUUAACCUCAGUAGGUUUAUGUGUUUUGUAAUUGGCAGAGAAUAGGUAGCACCAGCCAUUUUCUGCUGGUUGCAGUCCUCUGGCCACUAGGUGGGUGGAGUUGACUUGGCCUCCCUUUGGUGUGGCCUGAUAAAAGCAGACGUGAGCUCCCCGGGAGCGCUGUCACCUUCAGGGGUGAGGCUGGUUUAAGCUGUUGUUGGAUUUAAUUUCCGGUACCCAAGCAGAACACUGCUGUGGGUUUUAUCAUUUAACACAAGUGAGUAAACAGCCAAGUGAAUGAAUAUUUGAACCUGGAGUUGGAUGGGGCGUUAGACUAGUGCUGGGUCCUCUACACCCAGGAAAUACACAGGUUCUGGGCAGCCCAAGCUGGCUCCUGCACAGCUUACUAAGCAGCCUGGGACAGGCCUGCACCUGCGGUGAUGCUCAUGCAAGCCCCACGCUCUGGCCUGGGCUGCUGGGUGCUAAGGGCGCAGGAGCCUGGGGAGCAGUUCCUGGGACGGGGGCAGUGGGCAGUGAGCAGUGUGGCAUCGUCUUUGCUCACUUCUGAGUGCUGUCCCCAUGGACUCCCCCGAGGACGUCCCUGUGUUUCAUCCCAAGCACAGAUCCACUUGCAGGUGGUGCUUGGGGCUAUCAUUUUACACCCUGAGAGACCCCAGUCACUGCUCACUUUGUGAUGAGGUAACUCACAAAUCAAUUUUGAGAACCGGAGAGGAUUUUGGACUUGGGAAUGGAAAGAAUUGCACUGUAGCCAUUAGGGGGCGCUGUAGCCUCACCCGUGAGCCACACGGUCUGGGCCACGGAGGACAUGUUCACUGGCUUGUGGCCGAGGUACAGUCACCCAGGGAUACCCGCUUGCUGUCAGAUGCGGGACCUUGAGCGGAGUGGGUCUUUUCGCGUAGACCCCUCCUCCCCGCAGUGAAUGGGGAGGAUGCGUGGACAGGGUAACUGUCCAUCCGAGGGGUUGAGAGCGCUCCUCCCCCUCCCUGCCAACAACAAAUGUCUGGAGCUGGCCUGUGCAUUGGGCUCUUUCCUGGAUAUUUUCUGGUGAUGAUCCUGGAGCAGAAUGCUUUGGCAAAAACAGGCAGCUGAAUAAGGCAGCCAGGUGGGCCAGCGGUGGUGCUGGUGGGUGGGGAGGCCCGGAGUGCUUGCCUGCUUAGCCAGACGUGUGAAUGGUGGUGAUGUUAGCCUGCCCGCGCCAAGCGUGCCCAGUUCCCCCAGGUAACAUUCCCCACCCGUCCUCCCGCGUAGAACCAUGUUGUCAGGAGGCUGCGGCGUGCGCAGGGCCCAGAAAAGGAAGUCUAACCAAGCUGUCUCAUGAAGAUGCCACAGAGGGUUCCAUGUGGAAUGUUCUAGAAACGUAGGGGAAGUGCUGCAAAAGGAAGACAACAGCCACUAAAAGCCUUCCUCCCUUGCCUCCUUCCACUUCCUGGUGUUUUCCCAGAGAAAUGAGUGCGUGGCUGUGACACACAAACCGAUCCUUCUCCUGCCCCGAGAACUCCAAGCAGACCUAUUUGUGCGGCGCGACGUUUCUGUCUCUGUGUGCUGGGUUAUUUUUUGAAGAUCACAGAGCAGAUCACUGAGCCCGUGCCCUGGGCACGGUUACAUAGCGGGGACAGUGUGGGCAGAGGUGGAGCUGUGUGUGUGACUUGCCAGUUGUACUAAAACGACAGGUUUGCCUUUUGUGGAGGACUCGGGUUUUGUGAACCACACCAGGACCCAGGCUCCCUGACGCUCGUGCCCCAGCGCCCUGGUGUCCACACUGGAGCCCAGCCUCCCCCCGGGGGGCCUCUGACUCUGCUGCUGGGAAAGCUGGUGCUGCCCAGCCCGUCCAGAGGUUCCAUGCAGGGGGCGGCAGUAAGGGGGACCCCUGGCUCCUGGAGGGCACAGCUUCACCCCGCACCCACUGAGUGCUAGAGGGCGGCUGUCUGGGCUUGUGUAUAGUGAUCCUCCAGUGAAGUGCGGGCCCCCAGCAGCAGUGGGGGGGGCAGGGAUCUGGGGGACCUGAACGCUGCUGCCCCGGGCCAGGCUCUGCCUCUGCCCUCCCAGCCCCCUACCGUCACCUCUUCAUCUGUUUUGGGGGGAAAUGAGAAAGAAAGAGGAGGGGAGCCUGUUUACCCUCCCCCCACCAUCCAGAACCUUCGUUCUUUGUAAAAUCGCUCACCUCCUCUCUAAGAAUGUUAAUGUUUUCCUUCUCAAAUUGUCCUGAAGUGCUGCUCUGGGAUAACGUCACCCUAAAUCGAGGGUACAGCUGAUGAAAGAGGAGGAAAACAAGGGGUCGAACGUGUAAACGCGGAGCCCAGGGCUCCUUCCCAGGCACAGGCUGCUCGGGAGAUUGUCAUGUUCCUGUCUGGUGAUGUGUAUUACUAUGUAACUACUUUGAAUAGUUUAAAUUGUGAUCCAGUGUAGUUUUCAUUUAAUUUUCCAUGUUGAUUUUGUAGUAUAUGCAUGUAGUAAAUUAAAAAUGAAAGGUUA